CUCAGUCCCGCAGAGACCAAGAAGAACUCAUUCCAUUCUCUGUUUCAGUUCCACCAUGACACAUCUUAUUCUUUUGCUUGGACUUCUUGUAGCAGCAUACUUUAGUGGAUCUCGAGCUGAAAAUGCGUUCAUACAAUACUGGGAAGAGCAUAUUGGUCUUUCACACCCUCCACACUGGUUAGCUGCAAAGGCUUCUUCAUUAAACCCCCAUCAAGAGGCGGGAUUCAUGAAAGUUAUAGCGAAAAAUGAAUUGGCUUCCCACCUGCGUUCAUUUUGUAAGCAGGCUAAUAUUGCUUGUUCUACAAAUGCACUGGAGAAGAAGAUAAUUGACAGCAAAACUUUGCCACCAAUAGCCCCAUGGAAUGAAGCCAAGCUGAAAUAUAAUUAUCCAAAUGAAAUACCCCUUUCGAUUGCCAGCCAAGGUGGAUUGCCAUAUUUCCGGGAGUCAAUGGUAAAAGAGGGAGGUUUCAUGUCCAUCCCUGAUCUAAGGGACCCAAUGUCAUAUAAAUCAUUCUUGCCGCGAUCUAUAGCAUCAAAAAUCCCAUUUUCCUUUGCCCAAAUUGAGGAAUUGAAGAAGCUUUUUGGCGUGGAAGACAAAUCAAACAUGGAUGAAUAUAUUCAAGACACCCUUGAAACAUGUGAGAAGAGGCCCAUUCAAGGUGAGAAGAGAACUUGUGCAACUGCUGCCGAGGAUCUUAUUGAUUUUGUCGUCGAGGAAUUAGGACACUAUGUACAUGUAUGGAGUACUAAAAGCAUCGAAGGAUCUUAUGAGAAUGUCACAAUUGGAGCUGUGAAACUCAUAUAUGGAAAUCUUUCUGAAUCACCCGCCUUGUGUCAUAGCCAGCCAUUCAUAUUUCAAGUCUAUUAUUGUCAUGUCUUACAGAAAGUAAAAGUAUAUGCAGUAGAUAUAAAAGCUAAGAAGAAAGUGAAUCAUGCGAUCAUGGCAUGCCACUAUGACACAUCAACUUGGAAUCCAAAUCAUCUUGCUUUUAAGUUGCUAGGUUUUGGCCCGGGACAAAUUGAAGUCUGCCAUUGGAUAAAUGAGAAUGGAGUGGUUUGGACAAAGAAUCUAGGUUGAGAGGCACUUGAAGAUUUGAUUAUCUUCCAGCUCUCAUCUUUGUGUUACAUAUACUGCUUAGUCUAUUUGAAUAAUGAUAAAUAAUAAUCUAUUUUGGCUUGCUUAUUA